AAAGCAACCGGUCUGGUCUGGAGCACGUAGUCGGGGAGCUACGAUCGCCUGAUGUUUCUGCUUAUUCACCAAAGCGGUUGCGCCGGUUUCCCAGCGUAGCGCCGUGUGGCGUGAGCCCGGGUGACGCUGUGCUGAGGGAGGCUUAAAGAGACAACAGUGAAAUCAUAGCAACUUGAGGACAAGAGGCACCAGACGAGGAAGAUAGCGACGAACGCAGAACCAUGACUUCGACUGCAUUUCGAUAGCGAACAUUUGAAGAUAACAAACCGACAUCGCCCCAGACUGUUUGUUUCUGCUGUCGGUGUAAUUCCGGGUUGCCCACUAAGCUGUGGCCCUGCAUCAUGGAGAGUGUCCAGAGUGUCACUGAAGGCUGACCAGAAGGAAUGAGGCACUCCAGGAGAUGUUCCCAAGUGGCCUUGUGGAUGCAGUAGUUGCGUUUCCGAGUGCUUUUUUUAUGACUAGUGUUGCAUGUGUGUGUUUGGACACAUCCUAACACCACCUGCCUAUUUGUCAGGCGGGUACAUGAUGCUCUGAGACUGGAGUGGAGAAACGCACAACAAAGAAGCCCCUGUGGUAUAUGAAGAAAAAGGGAAAAAGCUGUCCAAUAGACACACGGGUCCAUUCGGCUGCAGUUUUGGCUCAUUUAAGUGUCUUCUGAACCGCUUCGCAUUUUAACAGCAACACCUUUCCUCUGUCCUGUGAGACUUCUCCCUCCCCCUCCCUAAAACAGUCUCCAUUGUCAUUGGAGUUUCUAUGGUUUGCAUGGCUGGAAAAUAACCGUGGAGAGGCCAGGGUAUCACAAGCUUAUGGAUUUUGACAAGAGAGGGGGCAAGGGAGAGACAGAGGAAGGGAAAAAGAUGUCUAAGACAACAAGCAGCAGGACUGGACAUGGGGGCAGGAGUACAGGGAGCAAUUCUGGAGUUCUUAUGGUUGGUCCAAACUUCCGCGUGGGUAAAAAAAUUGGCUGCGGAAACUUUGGAGAACUGCGGCUGGGAAAAAAUCUCUAUACUAACGAAUAUGUGGCCAUCAAAUUGGAACCUAUAAAAUCCAGGGCGCCGCAGCUCCAUUUGGAGUAUAGAUUUUACAAACAGUUGGGGAAUUCAGAGGGAAUCCCUCAGGUGUACUACUUUGGUCCUUGUGGGAAAUACAAUGCCAUGGUGCUGGAGCUGCUUGGGCCCAGUCUAGAGGACCUGUUUGACCUCUGUGACCGCACCUUCUCUCUCAAGACUGUCCUCAUGAUAGCCAUACAGCUGAUAACACGGAUGGAGUAUGUCCACACCAAGAGUCUGAUCUACAGAGAUGUGAAGCCUGAAAACUUUCUUGUUGGGCGGCCAGGAAGCAAGAGGCAGCACACCAUCCACAUCAUUGACUUUGGUCUGGCCAAAGAAUACAUAGACCCCGAGACCAAAAAACACAUCCCCUAUCGGGAGCACAAGAGUCUGACUGGGACGGCACGCUACAUGAGCAUUAACACACACCUGGGAAAGGAACAAAGCAGAAGGGACGAUUUGGAGGCCUUGGGUCACAUGUUCAUGUACUUCCUUCGAGGCAGCCUUCCCUGGCAAGGCCUAAAGGCCGACACCUUGAAGGAGAGGUAUCAGAAAAUUGGAGACACCAAACGAGCAACGCCGAUUGAAGUCCUUUGUGAAAGUUUCCCUGAAGAGAUGGCCACCUACCUGCGCUAUGUGAGGAGGCUGGAUUUUUUUGAGAAGCCGGAUUACGAUUACUUGAGGAAGCUCUUCACUGAUCUGUUUGAUAGGAACGGCUACGUCUUCGACUACGAAUACGACUGGGUCGGCAAAUCGCUCCCCACGCCGAUAGGCCCCAUCCCCAGUGACACGCCCGUGCAGCCCAGCAGCAGAGACAAAGCACAACAGCAGACCAAAAACCCGUCGCCUGAGCCCAAAGGAAGUGAGUCUCAGCCCACUCCCGUGACCAAUAAGGAGACUCUGGGGUCGCACCUCACAGCUGAGCGGCUGGGGGGCUCUGUUCAGGUGAUGAGCUCAACAAAUGGCGAGCUGAACACUGAUGAUCCCACAGCCGGACACUCCAACGCUCCCAUCACCGCUCCCACCGAGGUUGACGUACCUGACGAAACCAAGUGCUGUUGUUUCUUCAAAAGGAGGAAGAGGAAAGCGCUCCAGAGGCACAAGUGAAAGAAGAGAACAGAGAGAACUUGAAACAUUGUGGUCACUGUCAAGUUUUAAAUGGAAGCAACUACACAGACUCCCCCACCCACCCCACCGCCCAUUAUCUCUUUCCAGCUACCCCCCCUCCCCUCACCUCCUUACUCCUUUCAUUCCCCGCUGUCACCAUGUACCUCCCUGCUUGAGUUCUCUCUCUCUCUGUCUCUCGAUCCCAGCGCUCCCCGGCGAGUAAAAGGAAUGUUGCAGUCACAGCGACUCCACAACAGACUCCUGAUUCCUUUACAGAUGAAAAAUAAACAAACCUGCAUCACCACAUGAGGGCAGUGUGAGGGGGAGGGGCUCGAGAAAAACGUUUAAAAAAACAAACAAAAAAAAAAAAGCUGUAACAAUGAAACUCGAAUACCGUGGCGUGAAUAUGAAAAAAGAUACUGUUUGAAACAGUUGUUGUAUUCUAGAUUCCAUAAAGAACGUGUGUUGUUCGAACAGUCAGCUGUUGAUCAGGGCAAACCAUUCAAGUGGUUCGAGUGCAAGAAAUCUGCUCCUUUAUUAGGAAAUUGUUAAUUUUAUUUUCUUUGGUGUGUCUUUUUUUGGGAUCAAGGUGAAAGAGGAAAAGGUGAACUAUGCUGAUGUUAAAUGUGAGCGACACAGGAAGCAUUUCAUCUAUAAAUCAGAAUCUGGAGGAUUUUUAUGUAUUUUUUCUUCCUCUUUGUUUUUUUUUGUUUUUUUUUUUUUGUAAAUGAAUCCUCAGUUUUCAAAGUCAAAUCCCUGCAUUGAAAACUUAUUUUUAUGUUGUAGUGUUCUCAAGUUCAAUUCUUUCCUGACUCUGGCUUUCUUUUAUUUUGUUUUGUCUGUCGACGCGGACUUUGUAGCACAGUCACUGGCCUCAGGUACUGUGGAAGAAUGAGAGGAACCGAUAUUAAGCUCUCUUAUUAUUAUUGCACUUUUUGGAGGAAAAAAACAAUUACAGUGGAAAACUUUAGGUUUGAAAUUAACAAUUAAGGAAACAACUUAAUAAAGACUGAUCUAGGAAGAGUCCUUCACAAUGCUUAUAUCUGAGUUAUGGCUGAAAAAUGUUGUGGAUUCUCAUGAAAAGAAAAGGAGAUGUCUUUUUUUGAUUUUUAUUUCUUACAUCAAAAAUAAUUUACCAGGAAAUCAUAGUUUGUGCCUUUCUAAGUAAAAUGUUUAAAGCUCAAGUGAGUGUCCCGCAAUGACAUUUUAUCUAAUCUGACCCUAAUGCUCACUGGAUUACUCUGUGUGUGUGUGUGUGUGUGUGUGUGUGUGUGUGUGUGUGUGUGUGUGUGUGUGUGUGUGUGUGUGUGUGUGUGUGUGUGUGUGUGUGUGUGUGUUCCCAAAUCUGGAGGUUUUGCAGGCAGAUGACUCUGUGCACAUCCCUGUCAGUCACUUAUAAGUCAGUAUACAUCUUUCUGUCUCCUGCUGUAACGCCACAUCUGUACAGUGGUGGCGGUUUGGCGUGUGUGCUGUGCCACCUCAGCAAGACGCAACGGGCAACAACCCACAUCUGCUGCCUCGGCGUACAUCGGUGCCAAACAUUUCUUCAACAGCUUUGAAGAUUAUCAGAAAGAUUUUCCCUUUAAUUUUUACGUUGCAUUUCCUGUAAAAGUGAGAGGAGGGAAAAAAGUUGAAAUUCCUCUGGAUUUGUGAAAAAACCCACAAUGCAUCUUCACAGCUUCACCCUCUGCUGUAAUCAGUGGAACCUCUUUUUGGUUUUGAUGAGCCGUCUUGCUGUCACGAAUUGUGGCCUGCUCCUUUAAGGACACGAUCGAGCCUUCCUACCGGUAUGAUUGUUGUUGCACAGGGCUGAUCAUGUGAUUGAUGACGAAGUGAAAGGCACGACACGUCACAGUUUCGGUUUACAAAAAGUGAUCUUGCUCAUUAAUGUGGGUGGUAUCAAAGAAUUUUACGGGAUGCUCAAGAUUUAGUGUUUUCAUUUAAACCAAACAACCUCGGGAUGUAUUUAAAGUCACACGAGACAUUUGGAUCGACGACACAAGUCGAUCAGCUUCUUAUGAAUUAAUGUUUUACCUUCUCAGUUUAGUGAUUUAUUUUGAAAGGGGAGAUAAAUGUGUGUCUGAGCAGGUUUCGGAAGACAAAUGUGCUUAAAUAACCCACCAGGUGAAGUCAGAGGAGCCAGCUGUCUGUAGUCACAGUGUUGUCGUGGCUUCAUUAGACAGCGUGCGCUGCAAUAACCCAAACGCAGAGCAAAGGUGUGACUCGGGGUGAUCAGGUGCGCUGUUGACGCCCAAGACUUUCCCCCCUUUUAGGCCCUGAGGUCACUCUUUUAAAAGUUGGGUGGGAACCUGGCUUUGCAAAAUCACCGCGUUUAUUAAUUUUAUAAUUCAGGUUUUGUUUUGUUUUUCUGGAGAUGGCAGGGUUGACCCAUGUAAAUUCUGCUCUCCGUCUCUUAGUGUACCUACUUGCAUUAUGUAUUUGUAAAUAUGACAACGACAGAUCUCUAAUUGUGAAUAAAGCAAAGUUUUAUCACAGGA